AGUAAAAAAGAAACCAAAGACAAGGAAGUGAAGGCCAUCAAAAAAAAUAAAGCGGUAAAUAUUAGAUUGACUUAGUGAAAUUUAUCAUUUACAGACCUGGAGCGAAGGGGAUACGGCAAAAUGUUACCCGAAGUGAUGGUAUUUCCCGAGGAGAUUUGCCCCAAGGGAAAUAUCAUCACUCGGAUCUAUAAAUGAUAUAUUAUAACGAAAAUUAAAGCCUCCCAGUUGACAAUACAAAACUUACCACACAUUGGAUACAUUCGUUAAUACGAUGUUUUAUUUUUUAUGAACGCAAGUAUUGGGCAAUCAACAUUUUUCAAAAAACAUUUUCUAAAAUUUCAUCUUCUAUGACAUUGACUUAAUGGUCCAUCAUUUGACAUGUUAUUUAGAAUGAUAGAGAAACUGACGAGAAAGAAUCAAAGAUGAAGGAAGAAUUGAGAAUGGUAAAUCCUUGUCCAUCAUUUCUCUCUAUUGUUGACAAUCCUUCUAUACUACAUUGACUUAACUAAAUAUAUGUUUUGACAUCUUAUUUAGAAUGUAAAAGGAACUAAAGAAAAGCAAGUGAAGAAACAGCAAGAAUUGAAAAUGGUAAAUAUACUUGUCCAUCAUCUUUCUCUAUUGUUGAUAAUCCUUCUAUAACAUUGACUUAAGCCCCGUUUACACUACGCUCGAUUUUUGGUACCGUACCACUUUUUUGGUUCUUGGACUACCUAAAUAGGUAGUCCAAGAACCAAAAAUGUGGUACUGAUUUUAUCCGUGCCGUACCAAAAAUUGAGCGUAGUGUAAACGGGGCUUUAAAGAGAUGUUAUGACAUCUUAUUUAGAAUGUAAAAGGAACAGAACAAAAGCAAGUGAAAAAACAGGAAGAAUUGAAAAUGGUAAAUAUACCUGUCCAUCGUUUCUCACCAUAUGUUGAUAAUCCUUCUAUAACAUUGACUUAAAGACAUAUGUUUUGACAUCUUAUUUAGAACGACAAAGGAACCGAACACGAACAAGUGAAAAACCAGCAAAAAUUGAAAAUGGUAAAUAUUCCUGUCCAUCGUUUCUCUCUAUAUGCAUAUGUUGACAAUUUUUGUAUAACAUUGACUUAAAGACAGAUGUUUUGACAUCUUAUUUAGAAUGACAAAGGAACCGAACACGGACAAGUGAAAAACCAGCAAAAAUUGAAAAUGGUAAAUAUUCCUGUCCAUCGUUUCUCUCUAUAUGUUGACAAUCCUUCUAUAACAUUGACUUAAAGACAGAUGUUUUGACAUCUUAUUUAGAAUGACAAAGGAACCGAACACGAACAAGUGAAAAACCAGCAAAAAUUGAAAAUGGUAAAUAUUCCUGUCCAUCGUUUCUCUCUAUAUGCAUAUGUUGACAAUUCUUGUAUAACAUUGACUUAAAGACAGAUGUUUUGACAUCUUAUUUAGAAUGACAGAGGAACCGAACACGAACAAGUGAAAAACCAGCAAAAAUUGAAAAUGGUAAAUAUUCCUGUCCAUCGUUUCUCUCUAUAUGUCGACAAUCCUUCUAUAACAUUGACUUUAAGACAGAUGUUUUGACAUCUUAUUUAGAAUGACAAAGGAACCGAACACGAACAAGUGAAAAACCAGCGAAAAUUGAAAAUGGUAAAUAUUCCUGUCCAUCGUUUCUCUCUAUUGUUGACAAAUGACAAUCCUUCUAUAACAUUGACUUAAAGACAUGUUUUGACAUCUUAUUUAGAAUGUAAAAGGAACAGAACACAAACAAGUAAAAAACCAGCAAAAAUUGAAAAUGGUAAAUAUUCCUGUCCAUAGGUUCAUUCUAUAUGUCGACAAUCCUUCUGUAACAUUGACUUAA